GCUAUUCUGGAUGCUGCAGCAGUGAAUCAGUCAGUGACGAAAUGGCAGAAUCUCAGGAAAUUGAGAAUUACAGUUCUAGAAUAUAUUCAGUCUAUACUUAUGCUAAAGAAAACUGGUCUGAGAAGGCAAUUAAUUACUUUUGGCCAAAAAUCUUCAGUAGUAAAUUCACUGAGCAUGGAAAGAAAUAUGAGCAGCAUGCAUUAAAUGCAUAUAAAAAGCAAUAUUCAUUAUGUGAAGUGCAUACUGUUGGUUUUGUUAUCAAUAAAAGAUAUCCUUGGUUUGGAUAUUCACCAGAUGGGAUUAUUUUUGAAAAUGGAAAACCCAUUAAACUUCUGGAAAUAAAAUGCCCUUAUUCCGGUAAAGAGAACAGUGCUCCAAAAAUAUUAGAGGAAUGUAAUUACUUAGAGAGAAGAGGAGAUAUGUGGCUCCUGAAAAGGAAACAUUUAUAUUAUGGACAGGUACAAUUUGGAAUGGCUCUACUGAAUGUAAAAAAGACAGAUUUCGUCAUUUAUGCCUCUGCGACCAACACCUUUUCUAUAAUCAUGGUCGAGUUUGAUGAAGAAUUUGCAAGAUCUCUAAUAUUGAAAUCAAAUGAAAUGUAUUUCAAAAACAUGAUUCAUUGUUAUUGUCUCAAUAAAAAUGAAUUUGAAAACUGA